AUGUGUUCCAUUCCCGGGCUACCAACACCAGGAUCUGAAGUAACUGUCAAUAUCAAGAGGGUCAAUCUGAACCCAAAAUGUGACUUUUUGGAGCUUUGGGUCAACAUUGACAUCACCAGGAACCAUGCCUACGAGCAGAUGAAGGAGCAAAUACAGUGUCCCAAAAGGAAGUUUUUUGGCCCUGAAGCAAAACCGGGGGAUCUGUGUUUGGUUUGUGUCGAGGACAAGUGGCACAGGGCUCGUGUCAAGUCAGUCCAAAGUGACACGUACGAGGUUUUCCUUAUCGACCAAGGACAGCCCAACAUUAGCUGUUGGGAUGCGCUUGCAUGGGGCCAUUCUGAGAACUUUUUCCUUCCUCCUGAACUCGAAUCUUGCAUCCUUGCCAAUGUCCUGCCUCUCAAGGAGAACUGGCCCAAAGAAGCUACAAAGUUCUUGGAGUCCCUCCCUGGGAAGACUCUUAAUGGAGUGGUCCAGCAUGUCCUAAUGCCAGACAGGACCAUUCUCCUCGACAUACCCUUUGUCUCCCAAAAAAUGUACACCCUCGGCGCUAUGAGGAAGCUCCAGGUGGACGAGUUUAAAGAAGUUGUAAUCGAAUGCCUGACUUUGCCGAAAGAAAAUGGACCUGUUGCUAUUUGUAACAUGACUCCGAAUCAGAGUAUGAAUGUCAAUUUUGACAACCACUACUUCUACCCUGAACUUCUCUGUGGCAUUUAUGAGACUGUUCAUGUGACCGAAGUCAAAGAUCCCCAUAAUAUAUUUUGCAAUCUGCAGAUUUUCUCCAAAUCAUUGAAGACUCAGUCAGAAGUUAUCCAACAUUACUACAAGGAAUUCUCGGAUACAAGAGGGGAACGGCCACAAACUUGCGGAGAACCGUGCGCUGCUAAAGGGAAUAAUGGCAAGUGGUAUCGCUCAUUGCUCAAGCAAAACAUCGACAUGGACGAUGAACAUGUAGAAGUUGUGCAUGUAGAUGUUGGGAAAACAGAGCUUGUCCCAGUGGGAUGCAUCCGGUACAUUGAAAGGGAAUUCCUGAAAAUGCCCGUUGUUACAUAUUGCUUUUCCCUACAUGGGGUGGAUAAUGAUGGUACAGGAUGGACGGCAAGCCAGAAUGAAUAUUUAAAGUCGUUACUGCUAAACAAGACAUUUGUUGCCAAGAUAGAAAAGCACUUCCAAGAGACCUACACAGUCACCCUCUAUGCUUGGAACGCUGAAUGCAUGAACAAUUGCUUCAUAGAGAAAUCAAAAACUGUCCCUUCUGCUCAAUCUGAAGGACAGCAGCCUGAUGUCCAGAUUGAACCGUCGUUAGAGGAACAGUAUGUGCAUGUCCAGAAACUUGUCAACUUAUAUGUCAAGAAUUUACAAGAGGAACGUUUGUCAAGUACGGAGGAUGGACAAGAUGUCAACGGUGACAGUGUAGUCUCUGUUGGUCCUGGUGAUGUCACCACAAGAGAAGACCAACAUCUUUCCCAAAACCUUCAUGAUGAACAAGUGUUUUCUGUUGGAAGUACUGUUGACGUGAGGGUAUCCUAUGUCGAAGGUCCUCAGAAGUUCUGGUGUCAAAGGAGAAAAAAUGGAGAGGGACUGCAACAGUUGAUGGGAGACCUCCAAAAGCACUACGCCUCUGUCCAUCCACUGCCCAUUGACAGGUCCCUUUGUGUUGCUUGUAACCCGGAUGACGGUAUAUGGUACCGUUCGAGGAUCGUUCCAUGUCACCGUUCUGUGGAAGUGGAUGUACAAUUUUUGGAUUUUGGCGGUAUUCGAAGGGUACCCCUUGGAAAUAUAUGCCCCAUUGACCAGGCAUUCCUGCAUUUGGAAGCACAAGCCUUUCAGUGUUGUUUAGUCAACCCAAAGGCUAACUCAUGGAAUGAUUCUGCGACAGCUGAGUUUCAAAUGUUUUUGGCGGCUGGUGAUUCUCAACACACCGGCUUCAAAUGUACGGUAAAAGACAGAACUUUUGAUAACGAGGGCCAGCCCGUUAAUGUCGUUGACCUUGAAACACCAUCUCAAAGUGCUUGUAGCUUGCUCUCCCUUGUCCCUACAGAUACAUAUGAUUAUUCAACAUAUGAUAUCGAAGUAGGUACAAAAGAGAAUGCAUGGAUAACCUCUUCAGAGACUGUACACCACUUCUUUUGCCAGCUAAACAGAAAUUGUCAUUUGUUCGACAAAAUGCAAGCAGAUGUUCAGCAGCUAGUUGGUAUGUCGGAGUGUUCAGGUGACCUUGUCAGAUUGAACACCCUUUGCCUUGUCCGGUAUGCUGACAACAAAUGGUACAGAGGAAAAGUGGUACAAACCUCUCCAGAACUCAAGGUACACUUUGUGGAUUAUGGUGACACCCUCACAGUGAAUUUGUCUAAUAUUCAACCUUUGCCUGUUGGUGCAAGCAUGGCAAAAUCUGUCCCUGUACUAGCCAUUCCUCUCGGACUUUUUGGUGUUCCAUCUGACGUACCGCGAGAGGUCAACCAGUGGUUCUCAAAUAACGCAACUGGCACAACUGUUACUAUAUCUGUAGUGGCCAAAGGUGAUGGCGGAAAGCUAAUGGUUGAACUCUUUGAGGGGCUGCUGAACGUCAACGUAGUUGUCCGAGAGAAGGUAGCAAAUGCAAAAAAAGCAAAGAACAGCAAGGAUAUACAAAGUAACUUGGAGGACGGCUCAAAAACGGCCACAGCACCAGAUGACGGCUUUUUAAGAGGAGGAAUUGCUUUUACAUUAAAAAAUCAAAAUGGCAAUGGAACAUGUGGUCUAGAUGAACAAGAGUUAGACAAGCCUCAGGACACAAAUCUUGCACCGUUAACAGUGUGUGAACAUGAAAAGACAAUCAACCGGGAAAGCACGAAACAUCUGAUUGUCUCCCUUGAGGAUUUGGCAGAGACUCCAAAAGGUAUUCAUCCUGAAAUUGCUGAAAUGUCACCACAUGAGAAAAGCUUUGUAUAUCACACCCCAAGCAUAUCGCACCAUAAGCUAGAGGAGAUGUACGCCUCCUGCAUCGUGGGACCCAGUUACUUCUGGUGUCAAUUUGCUCAAACUGAAAACCUGAACACUGUGUGUAGACUCACCCAGAGCGUCGGAGAGGAGAAACGGGACACAGAGGUCCCCAAGACUUUGAAUCCUGGCAGUCCAUGCCUUGCCCUCUUUCCAAAUGACUCCCAGUGGUAUCGUGCUCAAGUGCUUCGGAGGAAUGAAAAUACGGUCUGCAUCCUGUUUGUAGACUAUGGUAAUGAGUCUGAAGUGGACAUUAAAGAUUUGAGAUACCUUUCUAAAUCUCUGAUAGAACAUGCUCCUCAGGCCUUUUUGUGCUCUUUGGAUGGAUUCAAUGAGUCUCAGGGAUCAUGGGAUGAUCAAGUUUACGAGGACUUCUACAAUCUCUUGGUGGAUAAGCCCCUUAUGGUUACCGUCCUCAGUGCUGAACAACAUUCAGAGAUAUUGGUUCAGGAACAUUCCGUAAACAUCCAAUGUGCUGAAACAGAUGUGAAUCAGGCAAUGCAAAAGUACUGGAAACCAAAUUAUUCACAGCUUGAGACUGAAAAUAUUCAAAAAACCAGUUCACCGCAGUAUUCAUACCAAAGAACAGAGCCUAACAUGCUACACUUCGAAAUACAUGCAAACAAAUUAUUGUAUAAGAGCCCAAACAUUCCCUUGAAUAAAACUGAAGUGGUCUAUGCUUCUUGUAUUGUGGAACCACACUUUUUUUGGUGUCAAUUUGCAAACACUGAAGACCUCAAUAGAGUGGUGGAAUUGGCGCAGGAAGUAGGCAGAGCUGAGCCAGAUCCACGAUUCUCUGACAUGUUUGGACCGGGUUGCCCUUGCAUUGCUCUGUUUACCACAGACAACCAAUGGUAUCGAGCUCUGGUCACGAGCAGAGAGCAAGAUAAAGUUCAUGUUGUGUUUAUCGACUAUGGCAACGAAUCGGAUGUAGAUGUGAAAAAUGUGCGGCCUCUCUCUGGCACUCUGCAGGAAUAUACACCCCAAGCUUUUUUGUGCUCUUUGAACGGAUUUGACCAGUCUGAGGGCUCCUGGGAUGACGAUGUUUAUGACAACUUCUACAAUCUCCUGAUGGACAAGCCCAUCAGUGUGAUGGUCUCCCAUACUGGAGACCAUCCAGAUAUUACUCUUCCUCAACACAUGGUGGAAAUUGAUUGUGAGGGAGUGUCUGUCAAUACAGCAAUGCAGAAAUACUGGACACCAACUACUUAG